ACAUUCCUUUUUGCAUCGUCAUAAACAGCUGGCUAGAAUGAAAGCAAAACUGCAAACAGCUUCCCUGUGAUAUUAUUCACAUGCUACUAUAAAUAUUCCAGUUUCUGCUUAACCACAAGCUGACAGCUGAGAGUUGCUACAGGUCACACAAUGUCAAGUUCCUUGAUUCCAGAUCAGGGAGCGCUAAGUGUCCUGUACCUGGUCCUGACGCUCAUGUUUUACAGUUGUUUUGGUGAAACAGAAGUUUCAAGAAAAUCACCAACUAUUAUUUUCCCAAAGAACUCCACAAUCCCUGUCCAAGGAGCUUGUAACCAAAAAGUAACAUGCAAAGCUCGCACCUUUUAUUCCGACUUCCACGUUAUUUAUUGGUUGUCAAAUAACAACUUUAUAGAAGACGAGCACCCUGAUGGGAGGGUGAUGGAGUUACCUGACACACCGCACCAUGCAUCCUUCAUUGCGGAGAAAUCGCUGGUCUUCUCACACAUGAUGCAAGAAGACUACAGCAGAACAUUCACCUGUGUGAUACAGGACCCCUCAGGUGUGGACUUCAGAGACUUCACUUUGAUGCAGACAGAGUCUGGGAACAGGACGAACAUGCACUGCAGGACACAUCUUGGAAGACAAAACGUCCAACUGGACCAGGAUGUCUAGCGCGUUUUUGUGUUGACCAAGAAGAUUCUGCUGCAGGUGGAAUACUGAGGAUAAUAAAGUAUAAUACUGACAGACAAAGAUACAACUGUUAGGCGCUGUCGCAAAGACAAUACAGACAGGAUCAGUCGGAAUAAUCAAUGGACAGGUCUAUAGCUAACGCUAUGAAUAAAUUACCCCUUGGAUGGAUUGAAUUUGGACCAUUAUAAAAGAACUGAUUUAUUAAAUGAAUGGAAUUUGUAUACAACAACCUAAAAGCUUUAUAACUAUUCUAAGUUACAUCAACCAUACAUUGUAAUAUGCAUUUAAAAACAAGGAUGGAUAUUUAAACCUUAACCACGAUGAGUGCUUUCAAUUUCAGUAUUAAAGGUGUCCAAUGGGUAUAUAGGAUACCCUUAGAUACAGCUGUAUUUGUUGGAUGAGGGUUACUGAGUUUUCAUAGGUUAAUAUUUAUCAUUUCAUGUACUGUAGGGUAUUAACUUCCAGUAAUCUCAAUAAAUAUAUUAUUUUUUUAUGUCUGUGAUCAUUCUUUCCUAUUGGUAAGAAAGAAAAAAAUAACAGUUGUGGGUGGGCCCUAUUAAAACCUUUAAAUAUUUACCUUA